AUGGCUGCAAAUGAAGUAGAAGCGAAGCGGAGUGAUUUGGAAUAUCGUAUAAUGAAUUUAGAUUUUGAUGCUAAAAAAUUUACCGAAUUGGAAGAUUUACAAAUUACUGGCAGAUUACAAGAAGUUGGCCGAAUUGUUGCUAAACAUUUGAAUAAUGAGCAUUUGAUGCAGUACAUAACACGAUUCCGGAAACAGCAGAAUCGUUUGAAUGCAGCAACAAUAGCUAUCGAAGAAAAUCAAUUGAAAAAAUUACGAAAUUUACUUGACAGUUUAAGCUUAAUUCAUAUUGCAGUAUGUAAUGAGCGUCAUGAAAUUGUUGAAUACCUUGCAAAUGUUUUCCCAAAAAGCAUCGAUAUUUUAGACGUGAAUGGUCGAGCAGCAAUACAUUAUGCAGCAACUCAAAAAAAUGCAAUUUAUGAUACAUUGGUCGAUUGUGGGGCGGAUAGCUCACUUGCUGAUGGAAUUGGUAUAACAGCUGCACAAUAUCGUGAAGAUCCUAGUGCUAUAAUACCAUCACCAUUAAUAACAUCGAAAAGUGCUGAUUUGAUUUUUAAACGUUAUUCGCUCACUGAAAAUCUAUAUGAUCCUGGUAGAAAAAUCAAUUGA